UUCAUUUAGGUUGAGCCCGCCCAAUCACAUAGUAUUGUCAGUAGGUGUAGCAAAAAACAGGGGAGCUGUCACUAAGCUUGUUCCUUGCUUGCUUCGCCGUCGUCUCUUUCUGUCUUUGCAGUGGGCAUGGCGGCACUCAGGAGACUUAUUACCGGAAACCCAAAACACUCUUCCCUUAUUCCUCCCACCCUUCUUAUUUGCCGCAGAGGUAUCGCCUCUAAGCUCUUUGUUGGAGGUCUAUCAUUUUACACCACGGAGAAAGGAUUAUUAGAAGCAUUUUCUCAGUAUGGUCAAGUUAUGGAAGCCAAAAUUAUAACGGAUAGAGUUUCGGAUAAAUCAAAAGGCUUCGGAUUUGUUACUUAUGCAUCUCAAGAUGAAGCUGAGAAAGCAAUAGCUGAGAUGAAUGGAAAGGAGUUGAGUGGACGUGUUAUUUUUGUGGACUAUGCUAAACCCAAACAUAAUGUGGGUGGUGGAAUGCCUAUAGCGAGGGGACCUCCUGAUCCCAUAGACAAAAACUGAUUGCUUUUACAAAGAAAUAUACAUUUCAAAGACACUGGCAGUGACAAUUAGUCAUUUCAGAUCCAUCUAGCAGCCCAGAGGACCGGUAGUCACUAGAAGCAAGAGCUGAUAGAAGUUUGCAUACAAGUCUCAAGGCCAAAGAAUCCAGUGAAGAACAUUGGCUAUUAAAGUUCAUAGGCUGUUUUAGCCUUGUAGUAUUUGUUAUAGUUACAUGGAUAGUUGGAUACGAUGCAGGUGGACAGUCUUGGGCAUCAUUUAUAAGUGUGGAUUUUAUAUAGAACUUUGAUCGAUCCCAAACAAUUUUGAAUUGUGAUUGAUUAAUUGCAACGUAAUGAUUGUAGGUGAUAUGCUUUUGAUUGAUAUAACUUGAUGAAA